AUGCGGAGCUUAGCCAAUUCUAUAGUAUAUCAAUGGACUGAUAGACAGUUAUAUAUAGGCCAACCUCUUAGAGACGGGGAUACAAUAGGAGUUAAGGAGCUCAAUUUCACCCCGUAUCGUCCCAUUUAUCGUCUAACCAUAGCGAUCGUACACAAAGACGGCACGGACGAGUCUAGGUUACUUCAUGACAGCUCAUUUGAAACAAUAGCUUAUACUGGGAACAUCUCGAAUAACGGCCCAGUACAGAGGCGACACGAUGAACAGCCCAACCAUUAUACUAUCAACCCAAACGACCUCACGAACGAGGUGAAUAUGAAGCUAGCGGCGUUUAGGGUAGAGGACGGGCCAGUAGCAGAGGAGCUCAUAGCACAGUUCCGGAAGCAGAUUGGGCGGGUCCAGCACGUUGUCCGAGACCCAGUCAGCUCAGCUAAGUUCUUCCACCGAGAGAUGGACCUCUUCUUCAAACACCUUAUCUAUACUAAAGAGACUUCUAUAUUUAACAUAGCCAACCCAAACAACGCGGGAUACGGGGAUCAGGUCUGUGAAUAUAUCGACUCUGUUUUCAGCGAGUGUGGAGACGAAGCCAAAGCAAAGCAAUACCGUAGAUGGGAGACAGUGUUUGAUAACAUCAAACACAUCACCCAAAACAUGGACAGGCUUGCAGAGAACUAUGACAACGAGGCCAAUAUGGUCGCAUGUCGAUGUCGGAUCCAUGUAUGUGGUGCUACAUGCACAAAAUACAGCAUCAACGACAAAGCCCAGGACAGAUCUCGGCAUCCUUGUCGCUUCAAAGCACCAUGGGCCCAGUGGCCGAAGACCGAGUUUACUCCCAGCGGCCUUCUCCGUAUACAGCGAAACCAUGACCGGAUCAACCGGUAUUGCCCAGCUCUUGCAGUUGCCAUGCGACACAACACAGACUCCAUGUUUCUGCCAACAAACUCGGCAUCAUUGUCAAUGAUUUACUAUGCGACAAACUACUCAACGAAGCUGGAUACACCCCUUUGGAAAAGAAUAGCGCUGAUGCUCGACCUGUUUGACGGCCUAGAUGAAGGAGCCCAUGGUGUCACACCUACUGGUGGCAGUGAUACGGCACAGACCGCACAGCGGAACAACAAAACUCGGCAGUUUUUCGCCCGGCUAGCAAACCAGAUCUUCACCAGCCGUGAGAUCUCUUCGGUGGAGAACUGGGGGAACAUCACCCUUAGUGCUUUGUACUGGGUCCUAUUCCGGCGGUGGAACCAUCUCCGAGAUGCCGCAGACCCGGAGACGCGGCUCCGUGCCGCUCCCGAAUUUGUGAGCUUUGGCCCCGGUGGUCGUAGCCUACCGGCACUCGAAGCAUACACACAUCGCGGUCCGAUUCUUGAGGAGCUUUGCUUUUAUGAUUACGUUGCUCUGGAGUUACGACCGAUCCCGAAGCAAGCCGUUCCUGUCAUGUCUGGGUACCUAGACUACGACCUCCGUGGAACAGAGGAAGGCUUUUAUCAAAGAUCGGUAUAUAUACUCCUUGGUUUAUUUGUGCCAUGGGGUCGUGCAGAAGAUGCUAAGAAAGACGCAAAGUUGUGGGCUAGUCGUAAUGAGGGCGAUGAGGGGCUGGAGUUCGACCUGGUCGCGGACGAGGUCGAUAUAGGCGUAACGUGUAAUAGCGACGAUGACAAAAGCGGUGGGGGGCGAAACGCGACUCGUUACUAUCAUAUACCAAUGGUCAUGGCUAAACGAGACCUAAACUCCACCAAAGCGGUACGGGACAGGCUGCAUAAGGAGAGGAUGUUAGCUAUAGAAGGCGAUGAGAUGGCUCCAGGACGUAAUUAUAUUGGUGUUGGGACCGGGUUCGAUGACGACGUAGCAGACGAGGUUUACUUAGUAGAUCCUAUACCUCUACAGGUAUUUGCCGCCAAAGAGUUAUCUAGCCGGCUCGUGAUCACCGCGACCUCCGGGACUGCGGCAGCCGGUAUCGGCGGCACCACCAUCCACUCCGCCGUGGGGUUAACCUUCAAGGAUCAGGACGGGCAGACUAGCGACACCACUUUGACUGCCAGCCUGGACAAGGCCAAGCAGAGAUGGCGCCGACGGGAUGUCUUGGUAAUCGACGAGGUCAGUAUGUUGGGCCUGCCGACACUUUAUGACAUCGACCAGAAGCUAAGGAUGUUGAGGGGCUUCGCGGACAAGCCGUUUGGCGGCAUGCCCGUGGUAAUUUUCACGGGCGACUUCUUACAGUUUCCACUAGUAAACCAGAGCAGCCUCCUCAAGGACUUCACCAAGCUACCCGAUAUUACAACACACACUAGACCGAAUAGGAAUGCAUCGGAGAAGAGAUGGAAGGAGAUGGAGGCUUAA